AUGGGGAGCAGUGCCGUCCUGCUGAAGGGGGCUUCUGCCCCACCAGCGUCCUGCCCGGCCACCACACCAACUAACCACGGGGUGUCACCUCCCCCGAAGCCAAAAGCGACCCGGUCAUUUUGCACAAGCAGAUCCCCUCCACCCACCGCGCAAACCUUGAAGGGAUCCCAAGACAGAGCCUUCCCCAAUCCCGUUCCCACCACCAGCUCUGGUUUCCUCCAGCGUUUAGGACUAGCCUUUUCCCUCACGAUCCGAGCCUGCGUCCUCCUGCUGAAGUUCGGGCCUUUGAUUUGGCUUUACCCCUUGAGCUACGUCUCUCGGGGUUUUGCAUCGCUCUGGCUCUACCUUCUGCUCAAGGCGGCGGAGUCUUCGGGCCCCACCUACAUCAAACUGGGGCAGUCGAGCACAAGGAGGGACCUCUUCUCCGAAGAGUUCUGCGCCAAGUUCUCCAAGCUCCACAUCAAGGUCGUCCCUCACCCUUGGGGCUACACCCAACGUUCUUGGAGAAAUAUCUGGGGGAAGGCUGGGAAAAAGGUCUUCACCUUUGACAGCCAGGAACCCGUCGGUUCUGGCUGCAUCGCCAGUGUACAAGCUUACGUGGACAUCUCCGCUCUUGGACAGCCGGUGCUGAAGGAACUCCCCAAGGGCACUGUGCUGGAAUCUGCUUUGGAAACCUGGCAGGUGUCUGGUCUUAAGGGGGUCCUCAGGUGGCUUUGGAAGAGGAAGGAUGAAAGCAUUUCUGAAGGGUGGUGUCCAUCGGUUGCUUCCCAAUGAUGCUUUGAUGGACACGUUAAGCAGAAUUCUGUUUCUGGAUAUCUGGACACAGCUGUGUCGUAUCCUAAGAGGGACCGCCUUGUUCCAGUAGCCAUUAAAGUGCUGCACCCCGGAUUAGCUGACCAGGUCCAAAUGGACCUGUUUCUGAUGAAGACUGGCAGUCGACUCCUUGAGCUUCUCCCAGGGGUCAAGUGGCUCAGCCUGACAGAGAUUGUGGAGGAGUUUGAGAAACUAAUUGAUUCAACUGACUUGCGCUAUGAAGCAAGGAACCUGGAACGCUUCCACCUUAACUUCCAGGGUGUGGAUUAUGUGAAGUUCCCAGUUCCUCACCCUUUUGUGACGAGAACAUCCUCGUGGAAAACAUAUGAGGAGAGCACGCCCAUAGCCCAGUACCUGCAGACUGAGGCCACAAAGGAGCUGCGCUGGAAAUUAGCUCAGAUGGGUAUGGACAUGAUUCUAAAGAUGGUAAGAGGCCUCUGUCGGUGUUUGUUUGAUAACUUUGUCCAUGCUGACCUGCACCCUGGGAAUAUCCUGGUCCAGGGCGCAGGCUUCCGCGAUCACCCCGAGGACCGGACCACCAUUGUGGACCUGUUGGACACACUCAUUCUGGAAGUGCAGCCUUCUCGCCCCCCACUUCGACUGGUGCUUCUGGAUGCAGGAAUCAUAGCAGAGCUGCAGGGUCCAGAUCUCAAGAACUUCCUGGCAGUCUUCACUGCUGUGGUAUUAGGGCAGGGGGAGAGAGUGGCAGAGUUAAUCCUUCAUCACUCCAGAGCUAACCGGUGCAAGGAUGUGGAGAGAUUCAAAGCUGACAUGGCAGAGCUGGUGACAAAGGCCAACAGCACUGUAGCUUUGGGAAAGUUCCAAGUAGCAAGCCUGCUGUCCAGUGUUUUCAAGUUACUGAUGACGCAUCAGGUGAGAUCAUCUCUCAACUUUGCCUCUGUGGUCUUUGCCAUUAUGGUUUUGGAAGGCCUUGGACGCUCACUGGACCCUGAACUCGAUAUCCUCAAGGCAGCUAAACCUUUUCUAAUUAAAGCUCCAAGUCCCCUCCUGGCACAGUGA